GCAAUGGUCAGGCAAGAUGAAGCGGCACCUAUCUAUGAAACUUGGUACAAUGGUGACUGAUGGUUUAUUGUGUAUAUGUCGGACAAUGCAGACAACACCAUUAUUAGAAGUAAGAAUGGAUGGAAACAUGUUUAUGUCAAGACAUGACCUUGGAAUGACCUUCACUUUUUGCGACACAAGAAUUAUAACAUUGAUUGGAUAUGAGCCGAGUGAAGUAAUAGGUAAAACAGCCUACCAUUUUCACAAUCCAAUUGAUGCUCCAAAAGUGGGAGAUUGUCACCAAAACUUAAUGAUCAAAGGAAACUCUGUGAGUAAAUACUACAGAUUUCUGGGCAAGACAGGUAACUGGGUGUGGCUACAAACCCGGGCAACUAUUAUCUACAACACUGCCAAUAAACCACAGUAUAUUGUCUGCAUGAACUAUGUUAUCAGUGAAGAAGAGGGUGAGCGAUAUUUGAUGUUGGAGGAACAUCAGCAUGCUAACCCGCAUACAGAAAGGACUGUUUAAACCUACCUGACAACCUGCAUCAUCC